AUGGGGGGCUUUACGAAGAUACGGGCGGAGCAGGGCGAGAAGCAGAAGGCGCUGGAGGAGCGCGACAUGGCGGUUUUCCAGGAGGUGCUUCCGGAGGCUGUGAGCAAAGCCAACGCCGCCGAGGAUGCCGUGGAGAAGGCCGUCAUCACCUCCGAGAUGAUUUCCGCCGGCGGGGACGACCUGGAUGAAGUCCGACAGGCCGUCCAAGAGGCACAGAAGGCCAUGGGCGAAGCGAGGAUCUUCCUCAACGCCAAGCAGGCGAGCGCGAGGCGGCAUCUGGAGAGGGCAGGUGCCCCUCAAAAGAAUGAGGAGCUGGGCGAGCCCAAGCAGCAGGGCAACGUGAUCGCCUUCGGGAUACCCCAGGUGCGGGCCCUGAAAGCGGACCCCAAACUCACGGCCACGUCCUGCGGGUACGUCGCCGAGGAGUACACGCUUUCGUCGGCCAGCGUGGACUCGUUCAUCCCAGGCCUCGUCUACCUCCCGGGCUUUCUGACCGUGGCCGAGGAGCAGGAACUCCUGGCUGCCAUCGAGGCGGCGACCUGGGAUGGCGACAACAAGUCCCGUCGAACGCAGCAGUAUGGCUACGGAUUCCACUGGCGCCAUCGGCAUUCGAACGCAUUGGUGAAGCUGGAACCACCUCGCGACGCGAUGCCGGCAUGCUCGGAGGCCAUCCUGGAGCGCCUGGUCCGCGAUGGGCACCUUGCGAGCUCUGCGUUCGACCAGUGCAUCGUCAACGACUACACUGGCGGCCAGGGCAUCAAAGCCCACCGAGACCGGGAGUUCUUUGGCGAGGCUGUUGUGGGCUUCUCCCUGCGCGACCGGGCGAUCAUGGACUUCCGAUGCAUCCGCAGCGGGGAGGUCCGGGCGGUGCUCUUGGAGCCACGGUCGGUCCUCAUCCUGACAAAAGACGCGCGAUGGUCCUGGCAGCACGCUAUCACACCCGCCCCGACGCUGCUGUGGCGUGGCUCCACCUUGCCGCGUGGACACCGAACCUCUCUGACCUUUCGGAGCAUCGCGGACUGGGGUGUGGUUGCCGAGGCGUAG